AUGGAUUUAUGCUUAUUCAUUUACACAUGUAACAAAACGCCUGUCAUUUGUGCCGAUGAUAUCACAUUAGAAGCAGCCCUCCCGAUCAAAGGCGAUUUUAUUUGUAACAUCGAAUCAGAGUCAUCAAUGGCAUUACCCGGUGCCGAUGUACCUGUUAGGAUUACGACUAACGAGACAGACGUUUUGUUCGAAUUGCCAUUUGGUUCUAAGACAAGUCAUUUCUUCAGUCAAAUCAAACAAGCUAUAGGAAAUUUUCUGCAGCAGACCAGUCAAGGACGGCCAUUGUCUUUCCAGUGGGUUGAGAGAUAUAGACUUUGUAUAGAAGAAUCACAGCAGUCUGGGACCAAUGAUCUCUUUGGGUUCGAUAAAUUCCAGCCUGCAAGCACUGCACAACCACACACAGUGGAAAAAACUCCACCACCAGCACAACAAGAUCCUGAUGAUCUCGCUUUUGAGGAUAACUUUGCCGAUCUUCGUGUCAGUCAGAUCGACAGUGGCUCAGAAGGUCCACCGGGUCUAUCUCCUGGCAUGAGAGAAAGUCAAGGAUCAAGUUAUGGAUCAAGAGAAAGUUUUACAACAUCGAGUACAGAAGAAAACCUUGUUGACGUCGGUAGUGGCAGCGUAACAGGCGUGAUGAAAACGAUGGGAUCAGCUGUAAGGCCUGUUGGCGUUCGGGACGGUAUUGUCAAACUACACAUGUCAAAACGAGAAUCGGAAUUCACUGUUUUGAAACCAUUCAGGAUUUUUAUCGGCACAUGGAAUGUAAAUGGUAAGUCAUGUGCAGAGGAUCUUGGUCCGUGGCUGGCUUGUGAUGCAGAGCCACCUGAUAUCUACGCUGUGGGGUUUCAGGAACUAGAUCUGAGUAAAGAAGCGUUUCUAUUCAACGACUCGCCUCGAGAGGAGGAGUGGCUCCGAGGAGUUUACAAAGCACUGCACCCAAGGGCCAAUUAUAAGAAGAUAAAACUUAUUCGUUUAGUUGGGAUGAUGUUGAUUGUAUUUGCUAAACAUGAACUAGCUUCCUAUAUCACUGACGUUGCAGCGGAGACAGUUGGAACUGGAAUUAUGGGUAAAAUGGGUAACAAAGGCGGUGUGGGUGUACGACUUGUCUUUCACAACACCACGUUUGUGUUUAUCAAUUCGCAUCUCGCCGCUCAUGUGGAAGAAUACGAACGACGAAAUCAAGAUUACAACGACAUUUGCUCGAGAAUGUUAUUUAAAGACUUUGGAUCACCACUACAUAUAUCACAACAUGAUGCAAUUUUCUGGCUUGGAGAUUUGAACUACCGAAUUAGUGAGCUAUCGGCAGAUGAGGUUAAAGGUUUCAUACGAAAGGACAUGCUGAGAGAUGUAUAUGAAUAUGAUCAGCUAAACAGACAAAUGAGAAUACAGAAAGCAUUUAUUGGAUUCACCGAAGGAGAAAUUAAUUUUUUACCGACAUAUAAAUAUGAUAGCGGCACAGAUUCAUGGGAUUCAAGCGAAAAGAACCGAGCACCGGCAUGGUGUGAUAGAAUCUUGUAUCGAGGUGAGAGUAUUCGACAGUUGAAAUAUAGAGGUCACAUGGCGCUUAAGAUCAGUGACCAUAAACCUGUUAGUAGUAUAUUCGAUGUACAGGUGAAAACAAUUGAUGAGAAGAGAUACAAGAAAGUGUAUGAAGAUGUGAUAAGACAAUUAGAUCGUCUAGAAAACGAAUUCUUGCCACAAGUCAGUCUCAGUAAGCUGGAGUUUGUCUUCAGCAACGUUAUGUACAAGGAAGAACAGCAACAGUCACUGUCUGUGACAAACUCAGGACAAGUUCCUGUCCAGUUUGAAUUUAUUAAUAAAUUAGAUGAAAAUAAGUAUUGUAAACCGUGGUUGGAAGCAGAGCCCUCUAUGUGUUUUAUUAUGCCAGGGGACAAGGUAGAAGUCAAGUUCAUAGUUCUCGUUGACAAGAUGUCUGCUUCAUCCCUUAAUGCUGGAGAGAAAUUGGAAGAUAUACUAAUACUUCACUUAGAUGGCGGAAAAGAUUUCUUCAUCUCAAUAUCAGGAAACUACAUACCCAGUAGUUUUGGCGCUUCUAUUGAAGCCUUGGUUAGAAUGCAUGGACCAAUCAGAGAAAUACCGAUAGAGUUACUGUUUCAAAUGGAGAGUGACCCGUCUAAUUCCCAACAAGUAGAACCAUUCCAGGCUUUUGAUAUUCCCAAGGAAGUCUGGAUGCUGGUUGAUCAUCUCUUUCGAAACGGAACCAAAGUCAAUUUCUUUGUUGAUCACGCCUGUAUUCACCUUAACCUUCAUCGCUUUAUAGCCGGUAGCAUUCAUUCUGUUGCGGAAGCUUUAUUGGAGUUCAUUGCGGCGUUACGAGAGCCAGUCAUACCAUAUGUGUAUUACCAGAAAUGUCUGGAUUGUUCCAAUAACUUUGUACUUUGUAAACAGGUGCUAUCACAGAUUCCUAGGAGCCAUCGGAAUGUUUUUAAAUAUUUAACAGCAUUUGCCAGGGAGUUACUGCUAUAUAAGGAAGAGAGCAAACUGCAUGAGAAAACACUUGCUACAUUGCUAGGUGAAUUGUUCUUGAGACCACCACCGGGAAAGGAAGUUCUCCAAGUACCCCCCAACAGAAGACAAGCAGCUAUACAACAAAUUGCCAGGAAAAAGGCAUCAUUUGUUUAUAACUUCAUUGUUAACGAAUAUGACGAGUAACAUUACUACAGUGCCCUCACAGGUUGAUUGUUUAAAUUAUGCAAUUCACCACUUAGUGGCGCUUUUUAUAUAAAGGUGAAACGGCC